AUGGCCGAUGACGAUAAUCAAAGUCUUUCGCUCACGUGUGCAAUUUGUCUGGAUAUAGCUUCAGUAGAUAAUGCAGUAGAAACAACUUGUUGUCAUCAACUGUUUUGUUUACCUUGCAUUGAAAAUGUCCAAGAAUGUCCUGUUUGUCGUACUAAACAUUAUGAAACUGUUCCCGCUUAUUUUGCUCGUCGUCUUAUUGGUGAUUUGGUUGUAUCGUGUCCAAAUGAUGGCUGUACAGUUAAAGUUAGUCGUUCAAAUCUAGCUAAUCAUCUAGCUGUUCAUUGUGAAUAUAGUCCAAUCACUUGUCUUGAUCCAGAAUGUCAAGAUUUUAAAUGUGUAAAAAAGUUUUUUCUCAAACAUUUAAUAGAGAAACAUGAACAAUUUUUACUCAACAAUUACGAGAAAUUAUGGCAGCAACAAGAAAAUAUUGAAACAAUGACUGCGAGGCAAUCAGAUGAAAAAUCAAAAAGUAACAUAGUAUAUACAUAUGAGCCAGUCUAUGUAAACCACGACCGAUUGCCACAGAACUUGCUCGAUCGAGGUCGUCCGAUUUUAUUCAAUUCAAUAUAUGUUGUAGAGACAAGAGUUCUGAGAAUUUUGACGCAAGCUGUUUAAAAAAAUAUUGUUCAAUUGUUGAGAUAUUUCAAUUUUUCUGAGGGCACUAUCAAUCAAAAAGCGCAUUUUUUUGGUGUUUUUUUGUGAUAUUUAUAUCUCAUCAAGGAUACAUGUAGUUGACUUGAACUUUUUACUGUCAGUGGAUAUCAUGAUCCUCUAUGAUCGGAAAAAAAUUAACCUCAACUGGAUGUACUGUUGAUGAGUUGCCCAAUACUACCAACUACACGGCAAAAUGAUUAUUUUUCGGCAUGUUGUGUAUAUAUCUAUUUCACGAAGGAUGAUGUUAGAGAAUUGAAAUUUUGGCUAUCGCGAGAUCUCAGUGAGCACUUAGUCAAGUAAAAAAAUCAACUUUCUACAUAGUUCUUAUCGCUCAGGAGACUUUGCACAAAAUCAUGAUUUUGACGAAAAUCACGACUCUGGGAGAUUCCAAUCUUUCAAGAAAUGGAUUUUCUAGAAGUGGGACU